AACCCUAGCGCCGGCGCCGCGAAGGACGCCUGAUCCGGAUGGCCUACGCGCGGCCGCUCCGCGCUGUAGAGGCAGCUUCGAGAAAGUGAAAACUGGAUUGUAACCGGCUUUCUCCUCACUUUUGCUUUUCUACUAGCGUAGUCCAAGUUUAGCUCCCUCGCGCACACCGCGGCCGCAGUUGAGCUCAUUGGGCGGCGAGCGUCAACCACUGUCAGCUGAAGAUGGAGGUCAUGGGCCACCAGUCAUACUUUGAAUUCAGCUCACAUGUGGAAAACCUGCUAUUUAGAGGCCUCUCAGCAUCCUCUCUUGGAGGCAUGCUUGGCAUGUGUCUUGGAGUGGCUGCCUUCUCCGUGCUGUAUGAGUCCAUCACAGCUUCACAUCAUUAUGUAACAGAAGUACACAAGCAGAGCCUGUGGGCACCUAGCCAGAGGAGUCGCCUUGAGGCCAGUCCAGAUGCCUCUCAGGUGAACCUACUUUAUGGCCAUAUGGAUGCAGAGCGCUGGGGACGACUCAAAUUCCGGCUGCUACAGACGCUGCUUCAUGCACUACAGUUAACUCUUGGCUUCUUGGUGAUGCUUAUCAUCAUGCGCUACAAUGGAUGGAUUGCCAUCUCUGUGCUGCUUGCGUCAGGCUUGGCUCACCAUUGCCUUAGCCGCCUUGUCAUGCCUGCACGGUUGCUACCAGUGUCUGACUGACAUGUCGUGGAAGAACAGUACACUGCUGGUGGCAGGCGGUGAUGGACACAAAAACUCUUCACUGGAGGAUCAGCUUGGUGCAGAACAUUUUUGUGCGCUGCUUCAACUGCUUCUAAGGCAGUGCCUUCAGUUUUACCUCAAGCCUUCAGUUUUCUUUGUGGGUAUCUUCUGGAUGCCACUGCAUGGAAAGACAUCUCAUUUUAAGAUCUGAGCUGUGAGUGUGCCUGUGAUGCCUGACGGGCUGCCAAAUGCGUGUUCAAUAGCACCGUUGUGCUUCAGUGAAAGUGAGUGGUGGAGCUCCCGGUCAACCAUCGCAUACUUGUGCAGCUGUGUUUACCUAUGGAAAAAGUGCCUUCCACAAAGUGAUGUACACAUUUACUGUCAUUUACUGGCAUUUAUUUACAAAGG